AUGACUCCCAUGGCCAUGAGAGUAACUACACUGCUGAUUCUCGCGACUCAGUCUCUCUCUCAAACUGUCAAUAUCUUCCGUGAAAUUCCAAGCGACGUCGACCAAUGCAUCCGACCGUGUCUCUUCCGUCCCAACAACGCAAACGCUGAUCUCGGCAGCGCUCUAAACUGCGGCGCACCAUACCAAGAAAAAUGCUACUGCGCAACGGAUAGCGGCAAAGCGAAAGCCGUGAGCAAACACAUCGACAGCUGCGCACAAGCUAGUUGCUCAAACGGGCAAGAGUCGCAGGAUGCUGAGACUAUGCGACACUAUUACGCUUCUUACUGCAUGGGAAAUGGUUACUCAGCAGAAGCGAUGGAAGAAUGGUACACAGGUACCGAGGCUCAUGUCACGGGAACAGGUACAGCUACCGUAAAAGACAUGUGGGGAUGGAGUACGGGGACAAACGUAAGAGCGCAUAUUUUCCCUGACGCGACAGGACGGAACGGUAACAACGACGACGAUAAUGGCGGUGCAUCUUUGACGAGCUUCAAGUUACUGUCCUUGGGGGUUCCAAUAGCUGUGGCGCUUUCUCAGUGGAUUUAG